UUGUUAUGUGUUUCCUUCAAUGUCAACUUGUGUUAUUAUGUCUCAUGUUAAUUAAACUUCUGGUUGAUGAAGAUGAGAUUUAUUGGAGACAUAGAAAGAAAGAUGAAGAGUUGGAAUGGUCACAUAAUUCCACUCACUUAGUAUCUCAGUUUGCUCAAUGUUUUUCUAAUGCUAUGGUUGGAUCAAGAUCAUGGAUAGGAGCACUCUUUAACCGCAGUAACACUCGAAGAAAUGCUGACUAUCUUUUGACACCAAUCCAGGAGCAAAGACUUCAAAGACUUCAAGAACGGGUGAAUGUUCCAUUCGAUGAGGCUCGACCGGAUCAUCAAGAAGCAUUGUGUUCAUUGUGGCAUUGUGCCUUUCCAAAUGUCUCUCUGAAAGGCUUGAUAUCUGAUCAAUGGAAAGAAAUGGGAUGGCAAGGUCCUAAUCCAUCAACAGACUUUAGGGGAUGCGGCUUCAUUUCGCUCGAAAACCUACUCUAUUUUGUGAGGACUUAUCCGACAUCUUUUAACAGGUUGAUGACAAAGAAAGGAGGAAAGCGAGCGACAUGGGAGUAUCCGUUUGCCGUUGCUGGCAUUAACAUAUCAUAUAUGUUGAUACAGAUGCUGGAUUUACACUCAGAGAAGCCUAGAUGUCUUCCGGGCAUUAAUUUUGUGAGGUUAUUAGGAGAAGAUGAAGAAGCAUUCGAUGUUCUAUUUUGUGUAGCGUUCGAGAUGAUGGAUGCGCAGUGGCUUGCUAUGUGUGCAGAGUACAUGGACUUCAAUGUAUUCUUUCUUUCUUUCUAUAUUCUUUCUGCAUCACCAAAAAAGGGGGGGAAAUUAGUUACCUUGGAGAACACGCUACACAACUAUGACUUCUGAAGAUGAUGUUAGGAUAUAUUAUUAGGUUGUGUAUGGUUCCUAUCUUGAGACAAAAAAGAGUCUCGUGAUAGUAACCUAAUGAUACCGUAGGAACCAAGAUUGUCAUGGAAACAUGCACCAAACCACUUGAACAAUCCAAUGAAGCCAUUCCUUUCUAUAUGAAAACUGAAAGACAUACUAAUUUCUUGAUUGCUGUUGAUUUCCAUGGCUUCAGGAGGUUCUACGAGCGACGCGGCUGCAGUUGGAGAGAGAGCUAUCCUUAGAAGACAUCCAUAGAAUACAAGAUUUACCUGCUUACAACCUCUUGUAUCAAUAGGCUUUCCACUCUUCUUUCUCUUCUUCUUCCCUUGUCCAUAUGAGCAACAAAUUCCACAAAUGAUGAAACAAUUUUGUAGGUAUUGCAUAUACAAUUUCACUUACAAUGUACUUCAGGGGGUUUUAGUAUUCCACUUUUUAAUGAACUUGUGUUAGUCACUUAUGAAGUUCUCUUUAUCUGACAUUAAGUGAAUCAAAUGAGUGGCUAAUGACAUGCAUUCUUGAGAUGCAAAAUGCAUAUGGAAUUGAUUAAUCAACAGGGAGCAAGAAGCAAGAAGCAAGAAGCAAGAAGCGCGAACCAAUUCGUACGUUCCGAUUCGCAAUUCAAUCAUGUAACAGUCAUUGAAUAUAUCAAAUGCAAAAUACCGAACAUUUAUGUAGAUGAAGUUUCUUUUCUUUCUCCUGGGAACUGAAUCAUGCUUGAAAAUGUAUUAAGUUUUAGACAUUGAAUUGAAAAUAAUAUGCUAAAAUUAGGUUUAGUUUUUGGUUUUAGCUUAGUCUUAGAAGUUGUCUGGUGACCAUCAAUUCCAGUGUUACUCGGAUUUUGAAUAGAACAGCAUAAUUUGCGAACCUUUUAAUGUAUUAAGUUAAUCAAAAUAAUAAUCAUUAUUGCGAUCAA